AUGGCAAAGCUUUCAGAUGAGCAGCUUAAGCUGGUCAAAUGGCGCCUAGAACAUGGCGAAACUAUCACAGGUCGGCCUUUCUAUGACGACCCAAAGUUUGCAAAGUUUUGCGAGGUUGCCAAUGAAGCUGAGAAGAAGUCUCAGGCGGGUGAAGUUGGCAAGAUGUUCGGCAAGCCCUUGAGUCCAGAGGUGGUGGAGGAGAUGCACUUCGCUUUUAUCUAUGCAGAGGAUGGAUCUCUGGAUGCCUUGGAUGCUUGGAAGCGGUUUUGUGAUAUGCUGAGAGAGACGGAGAAGAUUCUUGGAGCGAUUGAUGCUCCGCUGAGAGAUUCAGGAGAAAGGGCAACUCAUCGCGCAGCAGAAGUUGGAAACUGGCAGAACUUGAAAUGGCUUGUCGAUAACGGGGCAGACAUCAAUGCCACUACUGCUCCAGCAUUGCAAUUGUCUCCAGCUGGCGACAUGUCCUUGGGCCUCACUCCAGUGCUGGUGGCGGCCCAAUAUGGUCAAAUAAAGGCAUUGGAGAUUCUGAAAGCUGCUGGAGCUGAUCUGAAUUUCGCGAGAGUGGAUGGCGCAACAGCUUUGGAUCUUGCGAUUGACCAGGAACAUUCUGAGACCGCCGCAUGGCUGGAGCAAAAUGGGGUGGCUAAAGGAGUCCUGGCUUGA